AACACCUUACGACUUGCGGCGUUAUCAGUUUAAAACAAAGCGCAAAUUUUUACCAGUUGUUCUGUCGGUUUUUUUAAAUUUUUGGUGAAAUCUUUUCCAAUUUCGCGUAAUAAAUACAAAAGGAAAAAUAAAAUAUAGAUAAACAACAUUAUAAACUAUAAUAAUAAAGUUUUCAGGAAAUGACGAGAUGUAACAGAAGCGAAGUUAAUCUUAAAAGCACCGCCUACAAUCAAAAUGGACAAAAUUAUUUUGAACAAUUAACAGCAUACAAUUCUAUGAGUUCACAUUUACGACGUAUUUUAUUAGCAAAAUGUGUUGUCGAUGCUAAAAAUAAAAAUUAUAUGCGCAGAAGAAAACAACUGUGUAAAGACAUCGAUUAUAAAUCAGAAUGUACAAAAACAGAAACGACGAAUGAUAUAAUUGAUAAAUUAGCAUAUGAUACUCUACAUCAUCCAGCGGACUUCUUGAAAAUGAGUUACAAUUCGAGAUAUUUAUGUCAACGCGAAGAUCAAAAAUAUUUUACCGAUUGCUAUAAUUAUGACAUGAUCUGUUCACGAUCGAGACUGCAUAAUCAUGUUAUUUGUUCCGAUUCACCGAUGUUCAAAUCAAAUAAGUUCGAACCGUUCAUACCGAAUAGUCAGAAUAUAAAACGGCGAUCUUUUAAAACAUUUAAACCUGUAGAUGUAAAAUCUGCAAUAAAGAUUCAAGAUAUUGCUCAACACAGAUACCGAGAUAAGAUAGUUUACGAAUCCGCUUCUGAUUUUAUAACGCAAGAGGUCAAUCGUUUUUCAUCGGCAGGAAGUACAUCAAGAAGUUAUGAAAAUUACGAAAACACUCAAGAAUUAACUAAUAUGAAUAGUAAACAGCGAAGGCCUAGAAAAGAUGAAGUAAAAUAUGCAAAGUUCGUUUACGAAAUUACACGCGAAAUAAUGCGCAAAGGCCUUUAUACCGACGAAGAAUUACAAGCAGUAUUCAAGGAACAUUUAGAACGAAACGUAACAGUUCUGGAUAAGAAUAUGAUGUUAUACGAAAUCAAUCAGCUAAAACUUGCUUUAAAUGUGUCAGACAGCGAUGAUUCAUUUGACGAAGAAUUGGAAGAUACUAUUCGCACUCAACAAUUAUUAAAUAUUACUGAAUUGCGACCACCGACACCGCCAAAAAUUUUAGAUGAAGAUAGGUUAAUGGAAAAAUUAAGGUCUUACGAGAAAAAAGAUGAAGCUGAACAGGAAUCAAAAGUUAAUCGUAGAAGAACGGUCGAAUUUAUCGAUCCUAAUCCUGAAUUAAUUGUAACCGAAAGAGAUAUUCUUACAUCGUUGAUAGAAGCCGAUAUUGAUCCUGAGCAAGCCCAUAAGAUCUUUUUAAAGAUUUUUUCUAAAAGCAGAGACGCAACAUCGCAGCUUCAAAUGAAGACAAGUAACUCAAUAAUUGAUUGCGAACAAUUAUGUAAAGUGCACAAUGUAGAUGGACAAGAAAAAUCUUGUACAACUAGCGAUCUUAUAACACAAGAAAAUAAAAACAUACAAGUAGAGUAAAAAGAAUUUGUGUAGCAUUAAAUCAUGAAAAAUAUUUAACAAA